AUGACUUCUAAAACGUUGAAAACUCGUCGGAAUUGGUCCUCAAAGUUCUCGGAGACGUUCCAAGCAUCUUUGCAAACCUAUAAGAAACAAAUUGAUGGGAACAGCAGAUUGAAGCUUAUAGACAUUUUUUGCGGAUUUCUGGUCGCAGUGGGCGUGAUUCAGUUUGCGUUUGUGUGUGUUUUGAAGGACAAUUUCCCAUUUAAUGCGUUUUUGGCGGGUUUUAUCUGUUGUGUGGGCCAAUUUGUGCUUACGAUCAGUCUGCGAAUGCAAGUGGUCAAGAGUUUCGAAGGAAUUUCCAAAGAACGAGCCUUUGGUGAAUUCAUAGUGGCCAGUCUCGUGCUACACUUCAUCUCACUGCAUUUCGUGAAUUAG